AUGGUAGUAGAAAUGAAAGAGGGGAAAAGGGGAGGAGCAAAAUGCAAAUGCAGUGAUAGUAUUAGUACGACUGUAUGAGUAGAGUAAAAUAAAUAAAAGCCCCUUUUCUUCUUCUUCUUCUUCUUCUUCUUCUUCGUGUUGAAAAAUGAUGGGAGGAAGAGCUCUUUUGAGGUCACUGCGUUCUUCCCUUUCUUCUUCUCCUUCUUCUUAUUCUUCCAUUCUCCGCCGUCGCAGCUGCAAUCGCCGCUUCGCCUCCUCCGAUGCCCUUCAAUCUCAAUCAUCAUCACCGCCUCGUUCUUCGCCCCUCGAAUCCAGACUGCGGACGAUUCUUCGCAAUGAGAUUCAAUACCAAUACGAUUUUGCUCCUCCGCAUCAGCCUGUUACAGAGUUCGACAGAUUUGUGGUGGAAGAUCUGCCUGGUCAGCAGUGUGUUAUAUUGAAGGGCAAAUCAGCUGACGAUGAGAAUAUUAAGAUUGAUGCAACCAUGUUUGAUGGUUACGCCGUUGAAACAAGAUUUAACGAUGACGACACUGAGGAAGUUGUGCUGCUUCACAUUAGCAUGGUAGUUGAUAUAAAGAGAGGAAAAAAAAAUGAUUCCAUGGGAGUUGUCUGCUCAGCCUGGCCUGAUUCUUUGGAGAUUCAAAAGGUUUUCACAUACAAGCAUGAUAACCCUACAGCUCAAUUCAUGGGCCCUGAUAUAAAGAAUUUGAGCAAUGAGCUACGAACUGGAUUCUACGAGUUCCUGAAUGCUAGGGGGAUAAACAGUGACCUUUCAAGAUUCUUGCAUCAAUACAUGAUGAACAAGAAAAGGAUUGAGCUUAUACAGUGGUUGGGGAAAGUCCAAUCAUAUAUCGAAAAAUAGGAAGGUCUUGUUGGUCCUUCAUGUUUGUCAUCCAAAUUUUUAGGAUGUAGGAUUUGGUUCUUUAUGUAAUGGGGAAAUUUUGGAAUAAUUUGGAGACUAGGAUGGAAUAUCAAUUUGGAUGGCUAUAGUUCAUCUCGUUCUCAUUCC